AAACGUCUGUAGAUAAUUGCCACACGAGUUAUGGCGGGGGGGAGCGCAUUACAUGGGAGUUGUAAGAGACACUGGCGUAAUAUUUGUCACGAUGACAUCACACAAUUACGUAACAAAGGAGAGGAGAGUUAAAUGACGUCAGCACGAAAUGACGCCAUCAAAAGUGAAAUGUUUACACAAACAAACAAACAGUCGCAGUGCAGCUGUCAGCGUGGAGUGCCUGAUGAUCCAGCCCCUGAUCAGCCAGCCCAACAUUCCAGGAGGCAUCCGACUCGCCAACAGUCGCCCAUCCAUGAGUGAGUCCAGCAAACCAGCCAUGACCGGGGCGGCACCCAGAAGGUCGGAGACCAACACGCAGGUGAGCAGGAGAGGGUGUGUGCACGAAGAACUCAUUUCCGGAUACAUACAGAAAAAAGUGCAAGAAGAAAGGUUUCAGUACGACAAGGCUUUGGUAAGAGCAAACACCUUGUUGAUACAGACUCGUCAACUGAGGGAAGAGAUGAAAAGCUUGACGAACGAAUUCGACCAACUCGAGAGUCGAUUCCAGCGGGUGAAGGACAUGAACUUGGACUUUCAGAGCGCAGCGAGGACACGGCUGGAUUACCUGGACAACGAGUCAUACCUGGCCAGCAUCAUCGCCUACCUGAUGGCACAGCACAGGAACAAAGACAUGCUCGUUCCGAUGGUCUACUCGCCCAAAGACUGGAACGUUCUCAAGAUCCAGAAAGUGCAAUGCAGACGAAAGCGCAGCCGGAGAGAAAAACUGUUUUCCAAGAUCUUCUGCGGAAAGUCAGGUGGUGAGGAUUGACGACCCUUGUGAGGACAUCAUUCCAGACUGCCUCCCUCUAACUCGAUAUGUAUGAGAUUAUUGUGCGUGUGUGCGUGAGGGAGUGUGUGUGGAGAGAGAGAGAGAAAGUCAAAGAAGUUGUAGAACAUUAACAUCGAACUCUGGGAUGUAUGUUUCCAGAUAUCAACUACCUCUAUCUCUCUUUCGCAUUUCUCUUCCGUCAAAUGCAAAUUUUUGAGUAUGUACACACGCUUUUUUUCUUCAAAGGAGAGGACGCACAAACACACUCACACACAUCUCUCUUCAGUUUGUCAACUUUCUGUUAACACUUGUGAGUACCCACCCACGCGUUCGCAUAAAAUUAAAGAAUUCUCCUCCUGCUAGGAAAGAGGCGGGGCUAACAUGUAUUAGCACCAAAACAACAACAGCAACAACAACAACAUCUCUCGAAUAAAAAGGAUGGAAAAAAAUGUCCCUGCUGGUAAAUAAAUCCAUUCUCAGUUCUACCCCUGCUCAUGUUUACCUGGCUAAGGUGAGACUAUUACACGUUGAUGUACUUUGGGUGUGUGAACAGUGUUUUCUCUCCCUCCACAAACCUGAUGUUUAUCUCCCUCUGCGGUCUGAAGUUUAUCGAGAGUUUUACCUACAAAAUGAAUGUUUUUAUGGGCUGGGUACUUGUAGUGCAUGGCCCUGAACUGCAGUCUGAAGUUUAUCGAGAAUUUUACCAACAAAUGAAUGUUUUCAUGGGCUGGGACUUGGAGUGUAUGCCCUGAACUGCAGUAAACAAACUGUUUUCUCCUUACUUCAUGUUGAUUUAUUAAAUAUCUGCAUCUCAUACAGCGACGACCUGAAUUAAAAUUCAAGCAGCUUGAAUUACUUAUUAAGACUGUCACAUUGCUAUGUCAUGAUGCCCGAGGCUACCUUGAAUUCACCUGGAUACAUUAAUAAUCUGCUUUAUUCCAUGCAUGUAAUGGACGCAAUACCUUUGUCAGGACAACAUAACUGUGAAGGGAUGGUUGUGGGGUGGGGAAGGGGUUAGAGAAGAUAAUUUGAUUUCAUUUAGUCAGCUUCAGCAGCUGAGUGUGUUCACUGAAACCCACUGAAAAUGAAAUUGGUAUUUCAUAAGUCUGUGUGACUACUGAAAAAUAAGGAAGAGAUAAAGAGUUCAGGUAAAGGUCAGGUGUCACUGAUGAGAACAAUAAUUAUUAUCCAGUGAGGUUUUUUAAUUUUAUUUUGGUUACAUAUAUUGCUGUGGGUUCUUUUGGAGUUUUUCAAGUUUUGUUUGGAGUCUCUGUGAGUUUUGAAAAAAUCUUCUGAACACUUUACAAAUGUUUACAUCCGGUGCAUUUUAGUGCUCGUGAAUGUAGAAAGCUGUUUGGGAUGUUUAUCUUUGAUGACAGCGAAGUAAAACUCGGUGGAUGCAUUGAAAAGCAAUAAAAUUUAUAUACUGUU